CGAAGAGUUGUAAUCCCUGUUUAAUAUAAGAUACAGUCAAUUCGAGGAAUUUGGUUGAACGGCCGACCAUGUAGGUCAAGGCCCCCUCUAACGGUUAAGAAGCGCAAACCCUUAACACCAAUAAUAAGAGAAGGCCAGUCGAACGCCAAACUUAAGAUGCUGAUCUAGUGGCCAACCUAGGAAGUGAGCUUGAAUUUUAAGAUACUACCGCAGUAUCAAACCUUUAAAAGGCAUACCAAAAUUGUGGAUCAUAUAAAUUCUAUAUAGCUCACGUGAUCAACACGGACAGCGUAAAAAAGCAUUUUUGAACAAACAAACAAACAAACAAACAAAAUUAAUUCUCCUGUACGAGUGCGUUGGACCAGUAUCUCCUCUGAGAGACAUAAUAACAACAUCAGUAAUAAAUUGAUAAUCAUUGUGAUCAUCAUCCAAAUCGUCCAUUCCAGUAUCAUCAUAAGAAUCGUCUUGACCACUAGUCGUGUUCACCAACAUCGACUUUUUCUGUACAUAAAUCUACUAAAUCCGUUCUAGUAUACAUAGUAUUAUAACCAUCUGCAACGACAGAAACAUGACCAUAAUGGACAGCAUGAUAAAUUAUUACGCUUUAUAAGUAUUCAACUGCUAGUACCAACAACCAGGUCUAGGAAAGUGCUAAAUUUACAGAUUUUCUGUAAAUUUACAGAUCAACUGUAAAAUUACAGAGUCAGUGAUCUGUAAAUUUACACAAUGGCCAGUGGAGAAUGCCUCAAUUAUCUCGUGCAAGAGGUAAAUUUUCAUUUCCGCAAGAAAAGUGAAGAACAGCUGACAUGGAAAAAAAGGUAAAUAACGUAUGCAAUUACCAUUUUAUGAAGUUAUUACCUACUUUAAAGUAUUUUCAUAACUUUGAAGUACCUUCCUUCACCACUAUUAUUGUUUACAUAUGAAAUAUAAUCGAAAUUAAUAAAAAAAACAUGCAACUGCAGUAACGUUGUUUCCAUUAUCCACCAUGUUGAAUUAUGACUCACCAGUGCCUUGACUGGUUUUCUAUUAUAGAAAUGUAGCUGGGAGCUUGAUUUCCAGCAUCAGCAGAGUUGUCUUUCUUUAAUCUUAAGGUAGCUCUGCACGUUUUAGGAUCGAUUUUUUCUACAAUUAUAAGUUCUUUAAACUUUGAUUUUUUUUAAACUUCACGAUAUACAUAGAACGUUGAUAAAAUAAAAAAGAGAGGGCAGUUUUUUUUUAUAUUUUGCUAGGCAGAUUUGAAAAAUUUUGAGCUCGCAUAAUUUUUAUAAUGGAAUUUUAUGCCAAUAUGAUAAGUAAGAAAAUUUCCGGGAAUAGUUCUUUAUAAAAUGUAGAUUUAAAUGAAACUUCACAUACUGGUAGCUAUAUGUAAUGUGUUGAAAUAAAAAGUUUAGGUCUGUGUCCUUAUUUUUGUUAUAUUUUCCUAUGAUUUAUGUGAACCGCACUUUAACGCUUUAUAUAUAUUUCAGCAUCCCUAUCAAUUUGAGAGAAAAAGAAAAACUACCCAUGAAAAAAUGUCCAGAGGCAGCAAUGGCAAAGCGGCGAAGCGGUUCUGUAGUAAUGGAAUAUCUCAAAGAUAAGAAGAAGAGACAUGAUACAAGAUCAACAAGAAAAACAGGGCUGUUCAGUAAGGCAUUGGAAUAUGCAACACUAACCGGGGAUCCUAUAGAAUUAAUCAUCAGGGACGAAUAUUUCAGCAGUAAAGAGGCAGGGCUUGAAGUCGUAGACGGUGUACCCCAAAAGCCACCCAUGGAACAGAUAGUCCAGACAGGUGAAACUUCACCACUUGCCGAGCAACCUGGGUGCUCAAACCGUUUGCUUUCUCCCCAAGCUAUCAGGAGACGAACAGUGACUGAACCAAUAUCAACUGCAGAUGCCACGAUUCAGUGCUCUCUCUUCAUGGAUAUCCCUGACAUUCUUGGGAACGAUAAGCACUGUAGAGUUUGUGGCGCACCAUAUGAUCAGGAUUCAAGAAGCCAGCAGAAAUUGUGGAUCGGUUGUGAAACCGAUGAGUGCACCUACUGGCUACACGCAAAAUGCUUGCUAGGGGACAGUAAAGUCUUAACGCCUAAAUUUGUGUCAAAAUUGCCAUUCCGUUGUCCACUGCACAGAAAAUAAAUAAUUACAUAUAUCAGUAUAUAAAUAAAAAUAUUUAAAUAAAUGUUUUUUAUAUUUAUUUACCUGCAGA